UCAAAGACCGAUAUACAUUGUAUUGGCCCGUCCAUCACGCCAUCUCAGCUCAUCUUCGUCGAACAACGCAAGCCCGUGAGAGAGAGCAGCAGCAGCAGCAGCAACCACCGGAAACUAUGCCUCCCAAAGCUUCCUCCGGCGUUGGGCCGCGACGCAUUACUAGAACUACUUCCAGGAAGACCGCUCCUCGAGUCCCUAAAUCCAUGGAUGUUGAUGCUUCCCCUGUAACUCCAUCCGCCGCCGCCGCGGCGAUCAUUACAUCUCCCCAUCUAGAAUCCUCCUCCAAAAUCGAAAUAUCACAGCCCAAUGAAGUGCCGGUCGUGAAUAACCCAGUAAGCACCGCCCUUGUAGAAUCUCCCAAAUCUCACUCCGGGAAUGCCCCAAAAUCCACCGCCAACUCUGCCUCUUCAAAGUCCUCCUCGGAAGAAAAUCCGGCGGCCGUGACUGCUGAGGCGGGCCAAAAGAGGGGGGAGGAAAGCAGAGGGCCAAUUGCGCAGCAGCAAGAUGAAACCCUAUCUGAGAAGGCCUCCGGCACCGCUGCUGCGAUUGAAGCUGCCUUGCCCGAAAAUGAUGGUGAAAGCGCUCAAGAUGGAGCAACAAUGAAGAGGGGGGCCAAGACUGUGGUCAAAAAGAGGGUGAGGGUAGUGAAGAAGGUGAUCAAGAAGAUGGUGCCCAAGAAGGCGCAAAAAGGGCAGGCUGUUUCGUCGAAUGAGGGUUCGGAAAGCAUGGAAGUGGAUCAUGAAGUCCUAAUACCUAACCCCGGUGUCUUGGGUUCGGUCGAAGUUGAGAACCCUGACUCUUUCGAGCCUGAUUCAAUGCAUGUGGCAAACCCUAAUAUUGAUCUUCCCGUCUCCUUGGAGGCUGGAAACCCUAAUUCUGACCCCAGCCCUACUAUCUCAAUGGGAAUUGGGAACUCUAUUUCUGCAACCAGUGAUCACAUUGAUAAUAAAGAGAAGAACAGUGGGAGCGGAGGUGAACAGGCUGUUUCUACAGUUGAAGCUCAGCUGGAAGAUCAAAACGUUGGAUCAGUUGGAGACCAGAAAGAUAGAAUUGAGACUGGGAAUAUGGAUACCGAACGUGGCAAGGACACAGACAAGGAGCGAACAAAGGAGGAGGGGGAGAAUUGUGAUGUUAGGGGUUUAAAGGAAGAAGUUGGAGCGGCUGAUGGUUUAAUAUUGAGUGGGGAAAUGGAGGCAUUGGAACGACGAAAAAGGCGGAAAACUGAGGUUUUCGUAGGUGGACUACACAAGGAUGCAUCAGAGGAGGACAUUAGGAAAGUUCUUCAAGAGAUAGGUGAGAUUGCGGAGGUGAGGUUGGUGAGGAAUGAUAAAACGGGUAAGAAUAAAGGUUUUGCAUUUGUGCGGUAUGCUACUGCUGCUGAUGCCAAGAAGGCACUGGCAAAAUUUGCCCAAGUUAAGAUUUGCGGAAAGCAAUGUGGUAUAGCACCUGUUGAGGGCAAUGACACGAUAUUUCUUGGUAAUCUUGACAAGAAGUGGAAGUAUGAAGAUGUUCUUAAGUGGUUGCAGGAGAUUGGGAUUGAGAAAAUAGACCAAAUUACAGUUAUGCCUGAUCCUAGUAAAAUGGAAUGCAAUCGUGGAUUUGCAUUUCUUGAACUUGAAACUAGUAGAGAUGCUCAAAAUGCUUACAGGAUACUUCAAAAGAAGGCCGCACUUGGAAAGAACCAAAAGAUAAAAGUUGCUUGGGCUGAACCCUUGCGUGAACCAGAUGAAGAAGAAAUACUUAAGGUGAAAUCAGUUUAUGCUGAAUAUCUGCCUUCCUCGUGGGAUGAAGAGAAAGUUAAAAGCUAUUUUGAAAAGUUUGGUGAGAUUGAAAAUGUUGCUCUUGCCCGAAAUCUUCGUUCAUCUAAAAGGAAAGACUUUGCAUUUGUUAAUUAUACAACCCGUGAAGCUGCUCUUGCAUGUAUCGAGGCUUUCAAUCAUGAGUCAUUAUGUGAUGAUGGUUCCAAGGUGAAUGUGAAGGUAUCUCUCGCAAAACCCAUGCCAAGAGGGAAGCAAGUCAAGCGUGUAACAAAUCCUGUUAGCAAAGAACCGCCAAAAGAGAAGUUGAAGGCAGCCCAAGCUCUAAAGCCUGUAAUAAAGCUGCAUCAACCUACAAACAAGAGAAACCCUACCAGCAGUAACUAUGGUAACACUCUAGUAGAUAGGUCGUCUACGACAGUUGAACUUGUGCAGCUCUUAAGGGAACAAGCAUCAUGGAAGCCACCACAAACAGGAUCUGUUGAUCUUGGGUUUUCGUACUCUUCACCUAGCAGGAAGCGCCCAUUUUCGGUGAUUGGAGAUGAUUCAUUUUAUACUGAUCCCAGAGGAUACUCCCGCAUUGGCCUUGAGAGGUCAUCCAUAGCUGCAAGCUCAAGUAGCACUGGAUUAGCCCAAGGUGCUGGUUCAACAUUUGUGCCUUACUACCAUCAUUAAGGAUCUGGAGCUUCUAAUGAUGCAUCUGAUUAUCCCAACAAUUUUCAGAUAAGAGGAAGGGCUCUUUAUGAUGGAAGUGUUGGUCUUUAUCCUAGAUAUGGAAGGUGCUGAUGUUGUCUGAUGACUUUCCCUUGGCGUGGUAAUUGAUGAUGCGCUCCCCCCAUGGAGCUAUAUAGCUUUUUGAUGCUUGUAAAGUUCAUUUUAGUAGUUAUGGACUGACUAGCUCACAUACCAGCUAUGUAAGUGAAAUUUUGGUCUCCUUGAUCAUCUCGCCCACCAGCCUUAUCGGUCUAUAUCAUCACAGUUUGAGGUGGUGAGGAAACCAUGUGUGUGUGAAUGCAGAGGAGACUAUAUUAUCUGCUUUACAAUAUCUGGUGAAUUCUGUGGCUAAGGUAGCUGUAGGGUUUGACUGGUGCUUUAUGUGAAACAUUAUUACUUACUUUUAACAUGAACAGUUAUGGCUAAGAUGGGGAGGUAGGUUUUGCCUGCAGACUUUUUUUGUUACUGCAUCAAAUAGCAGUUUGCCCGAACAGGGGGGUGAGACA